AUGCCGAUUCCGUCAUCAUUAAGGUGCAUUGACAAGAAGCAAGAUGCCGUCGUCGAAGACGCGCGAGUCGCCGUCACAGGACUCUCAAAACCGCUGAGUGCAACGACACUGGCACAGCUUACAUCGUCCGCGGAGGCCUGCAAGGACAAGCGGAAGGAGAAAGCUGAAGCUUCUCUUGACGAAGCUCUUAGAGCUCAUUUGAAGAACAACCCAGACUCGAUCAACAAGAAGUGA